AUGGCUGCAUCCGAGCUCAAGCAAUGGGUAGCCGCCGCUGCCCCAACCGAAAGCAGCCUUGAGCAGCUUCAACAUAAAUAUGCUGGAUACUGUCACGCACUCAUGCCACACUUGACCGAUGCAAAGAAAAUCCCAGUGAUCCUCUAUGAGUUCCUUGCAACGAAAUCAAACACGUCCGAAUUUAUCCGAUUUGUGGACCAAGUCCCUCAGAUCAAACAAUUAUUGCAAAACAAGGAUUAUUCAUCCACUGUCUGGGUCCCAAGCAACACUGCACUGCAGCAACUGAGCAAUGAGGUAUCAGAUGAAGAUGUUCUGGCUUUCCUUCAAAGACACAUUUCGCCAUCAUUUCUUCCAAUAUAUUUCCUUCUAACAGCCCCAACAAUCGACACACUAUUCUACCCUGACCGAUUAAAUGGUACCCAGAGGAUAACAGUCCGUCCGUCACUCAACGGCUUUCGCGUGAACUCCCAAGUAACUGUGAUUGAACAAGAUCACCUCGUAGCAAACGGUCUGGUCCAUGUAAUCGACCAGGUUCUCCCACCGCGACCAACCAUUGCAGCUCUUCUCGCUGCCCUGCCGUCAUCCGAAUUUGACCUGUUCCAGUCUGCAGUGAAGCAGUCUGAAGCUAUUCAGAAUCUUCUCCAGGAUGAGUCUCGUCGCGGCGGAACCGUGUUCAUACCUACCAACGAAGCUUUCCGCAAGCUGCCCGAGGAUGUCCUGACAUACCUUUUUAGCGAUGAAGGAGCUGCAUAUCUUCAGGCUUUGUUGAGAUAUCAUGUCUUUGCGAAUCAAUCAUUGUACUCGAACCGUCUCUACGAUCAAGACUCUGCGCCAGAGCAUUUCAUACAGACGCCAGAAGCUACACCCGAUCAUACGAUUCCUACGCCUGAGAAUCAGGGGGAUCGCUUGUGGCGUGUGCUCAAGGGAGUUCGUCGCUUUCCCUUGCCUACGUGCUUAGAUGGGCAACAUCUAACGGUUGCUGUGACCCGAUGUGGGGGCUUAAUUUCAAUGAUGGUCAAUGGAAUUGCAAUUGUGACUGUACAGGAUGGCUUGGCCAGUGACGGAGUGUGUCAUGUUGUGGACUCAGUUUUGUUUCCACCUCUACAGGCUGAGGAUGCAGAAGUCCAGCCGGUACUUUCUGUUGACGAUGUGAAGUCGAGACUGGCAUAG